GUCUAACAUAUAUAUAUCGCUGGAUUCGACAAAUCUUUAGCUACUGGUUGUUGAUUGAAAAGCCAUGAUUGUUCUUAGUGGAAAGCGUCUUUCUCGGAAAUUAUGUUUGGGUGCGUGGAGGACUUUCGUUUCUAAUGGUGAGAAGGAACCGUAUUGGAGAUCCAAGUUUCCAGACAGAAUUGCGUCGUUUGAUGAAAUUCCUACAAUUUCAGAACGAUAUGAUCCCCAAAGGCUCCCACAGGUAGCCGAGCAAUGGUUCAAGAAAUUUGGAUACGUUGUGAAAGAACCCAUGCCGUUUGGCAAAUACAACGUGCAUCUAUUCCACUUCGAUGACUUCAAAAUAGUCUAUAGCAACGACGGCUCUUUUCCGAUAAGACAAAGCCAUUAUGCGGUUGCGCAGUACAGAGAAGAAAGGAAACAUCUUUACAGUGGCGUUGGCUUGGGAGCAGGCCAAGGUCAAGAGUGGCGUCAUCUCCGUAGUGCUGCUAGUGCUCUCAAUCUUCAUACUUCGAGAUCAAUGGCUGAAGAUGUUGUGGAUGAUCUGAUCAGUAUAAUCAAGAAUAACUUGAACGAUACAGGUGAAAUCGACUUGCUUCCGUGGCUGCACCGCUGGGCAUUCGAAAGCGUUGGCGUUGUUGCUUUGAACAGGCGUCUGAAUGCUUUAUCGCAAAAUGGAAACGAGCUAGCUGACAAAAUGGUAGCGGCAGCAGCUGUUACGGAUGAAAUGAUCGCUCUGACCACAAUGGAACCCACAACUAUGUAUGAAGAACGUUUCAAGCAACUGGUAGAAGCACAAGAUUUCUUUUACAGUGUGUUGAAAAAAUACAUUGAUGGCAUUAUGAGAGAUAUCGAACUGGAUCCUGAAACUGAAGGUGUGGCUCAAAUUUUGCUUCAAAACGAUUCGUACACGGAAAAGGAUGUUAUCACAUUGAUAAUGGAUAUGUUUCAAGGUUCUUUACAAACGGUGCCACUCACAGCACUAAUGGCUUUCUACCACUUGGCUCUCAAUAGUUAUAUCCAAGAUAAAGCUCGAGACGAGGCGAGAAAGCGAAUGCCCACUAAAAAUUCGAAAUAUUUUGAUUUUAAAGGGCCUAAGGAUUAUAUUGGAUCCAUCGUUUAUGAAACUCUAAGGCUUAAUCCUCCCGUAUUAGGCAAUGGAAGAAUAAUCCAAAGAGAUCUAAUUCUUGGAGGUUAUUUUGUUCCCGCAUACACAAAUGUCCUCCUUCAUUUUCAAGUCGCCAGUCGACAAAAAGAAUUCUUUGAAGAACCACUGAAAUUCAUUCCGGAAAGAGAAGAUUAUCAAAAAAUUAUGUCCGUAUUUGGAGGCUCUUCGAGAAUGUGUAUCGGCAAAACGUUUGCUCUCCGUCAGCUCCUUCUGAUUGUUACAAAGAUAAUUAAAAACUUCGAAGUUUCUUACGAUGGAGGUGAAGUCAGCAUGAUCAACCACCUGCAUAACAAGCCAGAGAAACCUCUGAUUCUUAGAUUGAAGCCUAUCGAUGAGUGAAAGAUCAUCUUGAUACUAAUGUACUAAUAUUUUUGCCAUCUGACAUGGCUGUUUUUAUCAAACAUGUUAAUUUAACAAUAAAUGGUUUUUCAUA